AUGACACAGUCCCGCGAGGUACUGGCAAUGAUGGACGCUCACACAACAACAUUCGGUCGCAAGAGGGGUUGCACAAUAUCAAGAUGCGGAGGAUUCCUUCUGGGUGCACUCUUCGUAUUGUGUCUUGUAGCGACUGGACUUUUGGUUUAUCACUUCGCACCCUGCUUGAACGGCCGUUCUGUAACGAUCAAUGGCAGCAAUGAUCCCCGGGACGAUACCAUGAUGGAAACUGCCAGAUCAUUUUCAGCCUCCACAGCGAACAAGAAGAAGAUCGACGUCAGGUUACCAAGAUCCAUUGUUCCACAUUCCUACGAGUUGAAGCUCAUUCCUUUCAUUUGGGAAGGCAACUUCACUUUCCAUGGGGAAGUGAGAAUUUUGGUGAACGUCACCCAAGAUACGGAAAAUGUCACUCUACAUGCAGUUGACAUGAAGAUAGAUGAAAAUCAUACGAGCAUAAGGGAAUACUCCUCGACGGCUGGUGCUUCGGUUAACAGGACGCUGAAAAUUGACUGUCAAAAAAAUGACACUGCCAGACAAUUUCAUAUUAUACAAACAACGGAUACGCUAAAAAAGGGCAAACAAUAUACGGUGUAUUUAAAAUUCACCGGUUACCUGAACGACUAUCUUCAAGGCUUCUACAGAAGUUCGUACACCGUUGGAAAUCAGACCAGAUGGAUAGCCACGACACAGUUUCAGGCAACGGAUGCACGCCGUGCUUUUCCAUGCUUUGACGAACCAGCCCUUAAAGCCAGCUUCCAGAUUAGCAUUGCUCGUCCAAAGAACAUGACGUCAAUUUCGAACAUGCCCAGGAAAGGAGAACCUCAGCCAGUAUCUGGCAUACCAAACUAUCUAUGGGACCAUUACGAACGCUCUGUACCAAUGUCCACUUACUUGGUAGCAUUCAUUGUGUCUGACUUUGAAGUUUUGAGAUCCCCAUCCGGCAAUUUCAGUGUGUGGGCCCGUAGCGAGGCUAUCAAUCAGUCUUUGUACAGUUUGGAUAUUGGACCCAAAGUUUUAGAGUAUUUCGAAGAUUACUUCAAGAUUAAGUUUCCGUUGCCCAAAAUGGACAUGGUUGCUCUUCCUGAUUUUUCGGCCGGUGCUAUGGAAAAUUGGGGUCUCAUCACUUAUAGAGAAACUGCCAUGUUGUAUCAAGAAGGUGUAUCGACCAGUAGUAAUCAACAGCGCGUCGCUACUGUUGUGUCCCAUGAACUUGCUCAUCAGUGGUUUGGAAAUUUGGUGACGCCAAGUUGGUGGACCGAUUUGUGGUUGAACGAAGGUUUCGCCAGUUACGUCGAGUACAUUGGAAUGAACGCGGUGGAACCAAAAUGGAAGGUCUUGGAACAAUUCGUCGUACACGAAUUGCAAAAUGUCUUCAGUCUGGAUGCCCUGGAGUCAUCGCAUCCGAUUUCUAUCGAGGUUGGACAUCCAGAUGAAAUUAGCGAAAUUUUUGAUAGAAUUUCAUAUGGGAAAGGUGCUUCUAUUAUUCGUAUGAUGGACCAUUUCCUCACUACGGAAGUUUUUAAACGCGGCCUAACCAAUUACUUGAACAGCAAAGCUUAUCGGAGCGCCGAACAAAAUGAUUUGUGGGAAGCUCUCACAAAACAAGCGCACAAAGACGGUGUGCUCAGUUCGGACAAAACUGUGAAGGAGAUUAUGGAUACUUGGACUUUGCAAACUGGAUUCCCAGUUGUCACUGUUAUUCGUGAUUACAACAGGGGCAGCGCCUCAUUGACUCAGGAACGAUUCAUGCUACGGAAUGGUACAACAGUCGUGGAGUACAAAGAAAAACCAAAAUGGUGGAUUCCGAUAACUUACACUACUGAAAGUUCUAAGAAUUUCGGAAUUACACGGCCAUCUCAUUGGAUGGAAGCUGAAACGUCUCUGACACUUCCUAAUCUUGGUGCAAACUCAUCACAGUGGGUGAUCUUCAAUGUCCAAGAAACUGGGUACUAUCGAGUAAAUUACGAUAAAACAAACUGGCAGCUCAUCAUUAAACAAUUGAACAACGUGAUGUUCCGUGACAUAGGAACGAUCAACAGAGCCCAAUUGAUAGACGAUGCUCUCAAUUUAGCCAGAGCCGGAAGAUUGGAUUAUACAACUGCACUGGACGUAACGUCUUAUCUUGCUCAUGAAACUGAAUAUCUUCCAUGGAAGGCAGCACUCACAGCCAUGGGUUAUUUGGAUAACAUGUUGAUCAAAUUUCCGGGUUACGAUAAAUUCAGGAUUCAUGCCCUUAAAUUAUUGGACAAUGUAUAUAAACAAACUGGAUUCAAAGAUACACCAGGGGAUCCACAAUUGACUGUCUUCACUCGUAUCGACGUCUUAAGUUGGGCCUGCAGUUUUGGGCACGAAGAUUGUGUACGCAAUGCAGUCACCCAGUUUCACAAUUGGCGCAACGCACCCAAUCCCGACAAGAACAAUCCAGUUUCGCCCAAUUUGAAGAGCGUCGUUUACUGUACGGCUAUGCGUGCCGGUGGCGAAGCUGAAUGGGACUUUGCUUGGCAACGUUACUUAAAAACAAAUGUAGGCUCCGAAAAGGAUCUCUUGCUUAACGCUCUUGGAUGCACGAGAGAAACUUGGAUAUUGAGUAGAUACUUGGAUUGGGCAAUUACCGAUAAUUCCGGAAUUAGAAAACAAGACGCGGCUCGCGUAUUUGGUUCGGUUGCGAACAACGUCAUUGGUCAACCGUUGGCCUUCAACUUCUUGCGCAACAAGUGGGCGCGUCUUAAAGAAUAUUUUGGUACGUCACUGUUGACAAUCAACAACAUCGUCAAAUCGUCCACAAAGAGAAUGAACACCAGGUUCGAGCUCAAGGACUUGUUGGAAUUCGUUACGGAACACAGAGAGGAAUUGGGAACUGCAACAAGAACCGUUCAACAGGCUAUGGAACAAGCCGAAGCCAAUAUACGGUGGCUGGAACGCAAUCACGCAACAAUUCGCGAGUGGCUGAACCGAAACACAGCAUAAACCUUGACGCACAAGUUUUAAUUGCGAAAUCGAUAGGCUGGGAGCAGAAAUCCUUUCUUGUGCAGAGUCCAGCUAACUCGUUGACCUUUUUCUAUCCCACUGUCGUACCGCGUCGAGGAAUCUCAACUUUCAAUUAAUCUUAUCGUCAAUAAUUGCCAAAUGUCUAUGGAGUUCGUAAGACACAUAAGUCUCUUGUAAGUACUUGUAAAUAUAUAAUAUGCAUAUAUGUAUGUAUAUCCAUGGUACAUACAUAUAAACAUGCGGGAUAUUAAUAUAUAUAUAUAUACACCCAUAUAUAUAUAUAUAUGAAUAUUUAAAAUCUAAUUUAUGCUAUAAUCUAAGAAUUAUUAAGAAAUUCGGCGAUAUCUUGCCGCUUAGAAUUUUCAUUGACAUUUUCAUAAUUUUCAUCUCGGUACGCGGAUACAAUUGUCUUUCGUAUAUAGAGAAAUAUAUAAAAACUAUGGCCAAUCUAAGUGAAACGUCUUUUACCUGCGCUCAAUGUGCUCAAAAUAUACUUCGUUCAUUUUUCGAAAAAACAACACUUGGAUUCACAAUUGAUUCGAGUUCAAAGGCCAAAUGGAUUGUGUUGACGUGAUUGUAUAAUGAACCAUAAAACGCACAAUUUUUAAUUAAAAAUUAUUUUAAAAAACGUA